CGAAACUGCGACGCAAAAAGGCGGAACGAAUUCGGAUUUUCACUUCACAGAAGGAAAAACAUUUCCACUUUCGGCUGCAACAAAGUAUUUAAAGUCGGUGUUUGUAAACUGAAUAAAUAUGCAGAGAUUGUGCAUCUGAAACAUAAAUAUUGCCGCGUAAUCAUUGAACCAGAAUCGAAGGACUCGUGUUGUGUGUGUGCAAGGAAAACUCUUGCAAGCAUAUUUGCAGCUUCAACUGCGUAGAAGCCAGGGAAAACACACGUUAAUUAGUUUUUACCCACGCCGCAGAAUCUUUGACACGAGAAAAGUCCGGCGGGGACUCGUCGUUAAUUAAUCCUGGGACUUGCUGGCUCCGCAGCUCGGAAAAAAUCCGACAGGCUGGAUAUGCAUUAACCAGGUGGACGAGACGCCGCUCGUAAAUAAUUGAAGACAAGCAAAUGAAAAUGCAAAACUGAAGAUUGCCCGAUUCCUAAAUUGCUAGCAGAGAUCAUGUCAAACCUCCUCUACAUGGACAAGUCGAAUGGCAAUGGCGUCUAUGCGGUCAGGCCAAACAGCAGCAAUGGCCAAAUGGACAACGAUAAUGGCCUAAUCGCAGCAGGUGCUCCUGCCACCACCUCAACCACAUCAGCAGCAGCAGCAGGAACAGGUGCAAAUGCAACCAUGAUGGCCACUACAAACAACAUAAGCAUAAUGAACGGAGCGGCUGCCGCAGCCGCAGCUUCCGCUUCCGGUCUGCCCACUUCCGCCUCCAGCGAGGACCUCAGCCAAAGCCUGUCCGAGUACACGGAUGCCGACGAGAGCAUAUCCGCGCCCACAGAGUUUCUGGCCGAGUUCCUGUCCGCCGUGAUGCUCAAGGACUACAAAAAGGCAUUGAAAUACUGCAAAUUGAUUCUCCAAUACGAGCCCAACAAUGCCACGGCCAAAGAGUUCUACCCACUCAUCCUGGACAAGCUGAGGGCAGUGGCCACAUCCAGCGACAGCGAUGAGAACUACAAUAAAUCUUCAUCACCCGAACUGGCGUUGGAUCUGCAUGCCUCCGAUGUGGAGGCGGAUGUCGACGUGGAUGAAUGCGGCGAUGGAGAAGCGGAUGUGGAUGCGGAUGCGGAUGCAGAUGCAGAUGCUGAUGAUGUCGAUGGCAGCGAGAGCAGCAACAAUUGCUCCGAGGAGGAGGAUAAUGGAUGGGGUGACGAUGAGAUUGACAAUGUGGAUGUGAUGGAUGGCGAGGAGGAGAGCAGCAGCAGUGGCGACGACUUCGAGCUGCCCAUCGACGAUGCAGGACAGGAUCCCGUGGCUCUGGCAUCCCACAACCAUCAUGCUCACAUUCACUCGCAUUCGCAUUCCCAUUCGCACAACGAUUCGGGAUCCUCGAGGAAUUCGUCGAGUGGCGGAGGCGGUCGCAGUGACAACACCACACAUUCCUACUCCAGUUUGCUUUUGGAGGAGGAGGACGACAUCGUGCCGGUGAGCCUCAACUUUGGCCUAAAGGAAAAUCCAGCUGCUGACCUGGAUGUGAGCAAUGGCAACAAAGUUCCAUCCGCAUCCUGCAGUGACUCGGAAUCCCCAACAGAACCGCUCACCCAGCGUCUGGCAGCCAUCCUUCGAUCCAAAUGCGGAGUAUCCGCUGGUGGCACCGAUGAGCCCUACUAAAUAUAAAUAUAAAAAACUUAAUCCAACACUGUGCAGGAAUUGUUUUGGUGUGGAUAUACUAAAAAGGGAUUAAAGUAAUGGCAAUUUUGUAGUAAAGAAGAACAGAAUGUAAUUGAGGUUUAAAUUUUUUUACCUGCUGCACAGUGACAUCUAUAUAUUCUUGUAUAACUCUAUAAAGACACUCCACCCUUUGCCCCGCUAGUCUCUCCACUAGUGCGAUCGCUUUACGAACCUAGAAACCGUCCCUAACUGCAUACUCUCGUAUCUCGUAUCUUGUAUCUCCAAUUGCAAACGUUUUCUCCCUAGGACAAACAUAUCGUACAAAACUCUAUAAGUACUUAUAUACAUCAAUACCUAUUUAUACAAUAUAUAUAUUGUACAUGUUUAGCCUAGACAUAGCCACAGAGCCCAAUAAAGAUAUACUCGAUAUUGUAAAAUGCAUAUGGCGAUGAUUAGGUGAUUAUACACGUACACAUGAAGUGGUAAACCAAAUCAAUAUAUAGAUUUACAUAGAUUUACACGUAUAUAUUUUAGUAAGACACCCAUUCAGAACGCACAGGACUUGGAAUGCUUUACAUAUUUGCAUUUGAUAGAGAUCGAUUUUUUCCCCGGGAUAUAGAACAGAGAUACGGAGCUAAGGAUAAGUCUGAUUAAAGACAGAAAGAACGAACGAACGGAAAACUACAACUGAAAUGGUCCAAAGUCACAAACUACGUAGAAGAAUGUAAAUAUAUAUAUUUUGUAUCAAUUAAGCCUGUACUCAAGUCUCUUAAUUCGUUCGAUUACUUUUGUUUUCUAAGUUAAACAGGGAUAUAACUCUAAAAACUCCCCCGGUAAUAAACAUUAUAAUUAAUAAUAUUCAUAUAAAUAUUUGUAUCUGACAUGUGUAGCUCUCUCGGCUAAGUUUUCCUAACUGUAUUGUUGAAUUAUAUAAUCCAAAUGGUCUGUAUGUUCAUGGAGGACAAUUGUAAUAAAAUGUGGCAAGAAAGC